AUGGCCCAGGAGAUCCACGCACUUAUCGAGGCAGACGCCGGUUCAAAUGAGACCCUGGACGGUCUCGACGAUGGGGAACAAGACAGUGACCUUCUUCGCCAUGUGGAUUCUCUACAGGGUAGAAGUCCGAGCGCGCGUCGUUCGCUGAACGAAGGAGAGGAUCUCCUGACUGCCGAAGACAGAUCACACCAAGCCACUGGGGGUGAUACAGCCUCUCACCUGGAGUCUAAUGCGAACCGUCAUGGAAGUACUGGAGGUGAGACUGUAAGCGAUGGAGCUUCCGUUGCUACAGGGCUCAGAUCCGAGACCGCAGCCGAGCCCGGCGCCCAAAGUCUCGUGGAGGAAGAACCCACAGCUCUAGGAACGAUCGCCACCCGCGAAGGCAGCGUCUCUGUGGUGUUUAGCCAGGAUCUCGAGGGGUGGGACUCCGAUGGUGGAGAGGAGAAGGCGGAGGAAGGGUGUCAAAUCGAAGGUCCCGAAGUCGGAGGUCCAUCGAGAGGAAGGUCUUGCUAUUCACCAGUUCCAGAGGCUCUAGAUGGUUGCGACGGCGAUGGAACCCGCCGGGAGACGAACUCCAGCCAAGAAUUGACUACAGUUCUGCCGUCGAGAGAGCGCAAUGGGUCCGUGUCUGCUGACAGUGAAGGUCGGCGUUCAGACUUGUCCGCGGAUCGACGAACGUUUCGUCGCAACCCACUUAACGCGACUUACGACAACAAUGAACGCGAGAAACACAGAGGACUCUCGCCCGCAUCCAACAGACUGGGAGGCCAAGACCUGCGAAUACUCCGGGACAACUUCCACGAGAUGGGCGGGAGGAGCGUAGGAUCAAAGCACAAGCGGACGGCGUCAGAUCCGACCCCGCCUGCGACCUUUGUGGCGGCAAAGCGAAACAACGCCAAGAAGCGUAUGGACGAUCUGGGGAAACAGGUUGCGACCCACGAGGACCACUUGGCAUGCGCUCAAGACAUGUCCACCCUCAUGAUCAUCUUCCGAGAAGACGCCAACAGAAGAGAAGAUGCCGAAGAGAGGAGACGCCGCCAAUAA